AUGUGCGAUGUGGUAUUACUAUGUAGAGUUAGCGAUGGGAUGACAUUAGUUGAAACGAAUAGUGAGACCAAAAAUUUAUCACAUAAAUUAGAAUUAAAAAAAUUAUGUAAAAAACUGGAAUCAUUUCCAAAUUUAUGUACUAUUACAUCCAAUCAGUUUAAUUAUCAUUUUCUUAUUGAAAAUGGAAUAGCUUAUAUAGCUGUUUUUCCAAUUACUUACCCAAAAAAAUUAGCUUUUUUAUUUUUAAAUGAUAUUUGUAAACAGUUCAAUGAAGAAUUAAUGAUUCAAUAUGGUACUCAUUCAAUAGAUUAUAGAUCAAUUAUAGAAACAAUAGAAAAACCAUACUCAUUUAUAAAAUUUGAUAGAAAAAUCACCAAAAUAAAACAAGAGUAUAAAGAUCCUCGUUCUAAUAUAGCUAUAAAAAAAUUAAAUGAAAGUUUAAAUGAAGUUAGUUAUAUUAUGAAAAAAAAUAUAGAUGAAAUAUUACAAAGAGGGGAAAAUUUAGAAGAUGUUGGAAGAAAAGCAUUUAACUUAAAAUAUGAAUCUGAGAAAUUUAAAAAAGUGUCAAGAGUUUUAAGUCUUAAGUACAGUUUAUAUCAAUAUGGGAUAUUGUUUGCAAUAUUUUUUUUUUUUUUAUUAAUAAUUAUUUUUAAAAUUUACUUUUAA